UGGGCGUAGUAAACCAUUACGCUGGAGAGGGGGAGGCUGGAGAGAACUCAAGCGCAAAAAUCCGCUUCGGGCAUUUUCGUCAGUGUUGUUCCUGAAUUGUGCUGUCGUGGGUACUUCGGAACGUUGUUUGUCUCACAGGGACUGGCUUUGAUGUUAUUUACGUAUUGUAAUGAUUAAGUAUUUUUAUGUCUCACACUAAAGUGAACUCCCUAAAGUUUGCGUUGGUUCGCACCGACGAAGUGCCAAGUGAAUCGCUGAAAUCUGUCCGGCUAUAUACUUGAGUUGAAGUUUCUCUGUACGGUGUGCGCUCAGCUGGAUUCAAAUGGAAAACAUAUCAGCGAUAUCACUUGAUGAAUAUGUAUUUCUGUUCUUUAACGGAAUACUUCGCAUCGACUUUUGAACACGCACCACGGAAUAGCGAAAUACUAACUUAGAUUUAAAAAAAACUUCUGGACGUAUUUUAUGGUUUGGGGAUUAACAUUUAUCAACUUGAAAUUUGAGGCUGUAAAUCCAUCAGUGUUUGGCAAUGGAGGAGGAUCAAGUGUUUUCUCCCGAGGAGCCGCAGGCGGUCAGCGGCGCAUCAUCGGACAGUUUCUCCCGGCUCUGGUCGGACGUGAUGGGGAUGCUGGAUGGCUCUCUGGGUAAUAUAGAUGACCUGGCACAAGAGUACUCCGAGUACUACAACACAUACUUCAGCGACGUCAGCGAUCGGAUGGAGGAACUUCGUAAGCGGCAAGUGUCUCAAGAGCUAGACAUGGAAAAAGCAGACACCAACUUCAACUCUUCACAGCUACGCUCAGACAUCGAGGAAUCGUUUGGCAUCAGCAAUGAGGUGUCCACUCCAGAGACUGAGAGAAAAAUUGCUCUGCACAAAUCCAGCUCUGAAGAUGGAUCAGGAAAAUGGGACAACAAGAAGAAAAACAAAUCCUUCUGGCAGAAUUUUCGAAAGUCACAGAAAGGGGUCACAAGGCAAACAUCAAAAGGAGAGGACAUUGGCUAUGUGGCCAGUGAGAUCACUAUGAGUGAUGAAGAACGGAUCCAGCUAAUGAUGAUGGUGAAAGAAAAGAUGAUCACAGUGGAGGAGGCGCUGGCACGGUUAAAGGAAUAUGAGAGGAACAGACAGUUGAGCAGCAGUACAGACACAGCAGAGUGGACUGAUGGAUCCAGUCCCACUGUUAACCUCUCCUCCGUCUGCAAUUCUGUGGAGCAGUCAGAUGAUGAGCAGGAGGACUCUGUGAAAUUCAAGAGGCUUCACAAGCUGGUCAACUCGACUCGACGUGUUCGCAAAAAGCUCAUCAAAGUGGAUGACAGCAAAAGACAUGGCUCACAAGAUUCGCUCAGUCUGGAUGCAGCUCCCUUAUGUGAUGACAUAAACGCUCUGUAUGCGGAAAUCCACAAGAAGCCGGCCCAGUGCACAGACUCUUCUUUGUCCUCUCUUGCCCAAGAGCAGCUCUCUCUGGAUGGGGACACGGACAGCCUGACCACCUCGCCCUCCACCAGUAGCCUUGACGCCUGGAAACCUGCUCACAAGUUAGUGAAGACCCCCGGCGCACAUCCCCACGGCCUGAUCCGCCCUCCGCGGAAGAGUAGUGCUGGAUCCGGACUGGGUGUAGUGGGUGGUAGUGGCUCCUCUUUCUCCGAAUUGGAGGAUCUGGGAGACGACAAUGCUAAAGUCUCCCGCUUGGCUACAGAUGGAGAGAUGCGGAAGGCCUUGUCAUCUCUAUCACACGGGAGAACAUGUAGCUUUGGAGGAUUUGACCUGUCUAAUCGUGCCCUCCAUGUGGUCAACACAACCGAGCCUAGUGAGCAGGAGGCUCUGUACAGGGACGCUGUGAAAUCUCCCACCACGUCUCGUAUCUCUCUAGGAAAGAAAGUCAAGUCUGUGAAAGAGACUAUGAGGAAACGCAUGUCCAAGAAAUAUGCCGGGUCUCUCUCUGAACAGUCCAGUCCAGAUGGAACGCCCAGUUGUCCUCAGUCUCCUCAGCCAGACACAGACUCUCUAGAGAAGCCCAAACUCAAGGCAGGAGGGUCGGUAGAGAGUCUGCGCAGCUCCCUCAGUGGGCAGAGCUCCAUGAGUGGACAGACAGUGAGCACCACAGACUCAUCGGCCAGCAACAGAGAGAGUGUGAGGAGUGAGGAUGGUGAUGAUGAAGAGCCUCCGUACAGAGGCCCUUUCUGCGGCAGAGCUAGAGUUCACACUGACUUCACACCGAGUCCAUAUGAUACAGACUCACUCAAACUUAAGGGAGGAGAUGUGAUUGAUAUCAUCAGUAAGCCGCCCAUGGGCACAUGGAUGGGUCUGCUCAAUAACAAGGUGGGCACAUUUAAGUUCAUCUAUGUGGAUGUGCUGACUGAAGAAGAGGAGAAGCCUAAACGAGCGGUUCGGAGGAGGAGGAAGGGCAGGCCGCCCAAACCCAACUCAGUCGAGGAACUUCUGGAGAGAAUCAACCUGAAGGAGCACAUGCCUACAUUCCUGUUUAACGGGUAUGAGGACCUGGACACAUUUAAGCUACUAGAGGAAGAAGAUCUGGAUGAGCUCAACAUCAAAGAUCCUCAACACCGUGCCGUACUGAUGACCGCUGUAGAACUACUGCAGGAUUACGACAGCAGCAGUGAUCCGGAGCGCAGCGCCCUCUCUGGCUCUCAGGAGAAACUCCUCUGUGAGGGGCGUGGCCUCAUGGCCGACUCCCCACGGGACUCUGGUUGCUACGAAAGCAAUGAAAACCUAGAGAAUGGUAAGAGCCGCAAGGCGUCGCGCCACAGCCAUGGUUCAUCUGGAUUUGAUUGUAGGGGUGUAAAGUCUCCAGACUAUCCCACUCUUCCCAUGACUCACUCCACUGAAGCUCUUCAGCAGCAGGCCAAGAAGGAACGCAAGUUCCCGAAGACCUUUCUGCCCCGGCCCAUAAAGGGCUUCAGUCUGCGAAGCCUCGGCCUCAAGAAGAGCUCCAAAGCAGGACAGACCUCCCACAUACCGGUCAGCCGAAGCUGUGAGGAGUUGGACGGUCCCCAAGAGACCCCCAAGUCCUGGAAGCGCUCACAUUCUCUGGGGGAUAUACAUUGGGAGCAGGCCUUCGAUCAGAGGAAGGACCAGAGUGGCAGUGAGGAUAAAGGUAGGCCAGAGAGCAACAAAAAAGAAGCAAAGGUCGAUCCUGUAGAAUCAAAAUUGGACCAGAGUGGCGAUAAGGCUGGAAGAGAGACGGGCUCACUGCAGAGACUUAUGGUUCCCACACAGCUUUCUCUCAGCCCGGUCGGUCCAUUGCCUGCUGCUCAGACCUCAAACCGCCAACCGGUUUCUGCCCCAACUAGCCCCGCUCCAUGGAUUCACCCUAAAAAGCCACCUGUCCCACCUCCUGUGCCUGCUAAAAAGUCCAAAGAACGUCUGCCGAAUGGUCUGCGCCAUCCUUCACUAGUGCUGUCUGGUUCGGUGCCAAAUACGCCAACCCUACCCCCAAAACCCAUUUACACCCCAACCACUCCCUCCGCGAGUUCCCCGUCAACCCCAUUAUCACCAGGUGAAUCUGCGGCAGCUCUGAAUCCACCCUGGCUGUCUGACCUACCUGAAUCAGCAUGUCCUCAGAUCCACAGAGCUAAAGUUGCCCUCAGCAGGAAGAUCUCCCAUGCCAAAAUGACUGACCUGGAGACUCUGCUGGAGGACAGGAUGCGCUUGGAAGGCAUUGACCUCACCGAAGAGCCGUGCUCUGAUAAACACGGCCGCUGUGGUAUUCCUCGGCUCUUAGUACAGAGGUACUCAGAGGACUUUCAGCAGCCAGUGAAGGACGUGGCGUCCAGUCUGGAUCAGAUCAGAGUUAAACAACUCCGCAAGGAGCACCGCAUGGCUAUUCCCUCAGGAGGUCUGACUGACAUGUGUCGGAAGCCAGUGUCUCCUGUUCACGUGAGCUCUGUGUCUGAUUGGCUCGUAUCGAUUGGAAUGCCCAUGUAUUCUGCCCCUCUAUUGGCUGCAGGCUUUGGCACGCUGGAUCAUGUGUCAUCCUUAAACGAGGCGAAAGCGAGGGAAGCGGGCUUGAAGGAGGACCAUCACAUACGUAUUCUUCUCAGUGAAGCCCAACUUGUCACAGCCAGCAGCUCAGGACAGUCAUAAUACUAACAUGAGCUGUUAUGAACUUGACUAAAUGGAUCAAAUUUGGCUGGUAAAGGGACAGACCUACACAACAGCUGCCGAAUUUCCUCCCACCUUUCUGUCUUAUAAUAGCCUUUUGGCAUUUUCAGAAAUGACUGAUCUGGCUUCCAAGGACUGUUAUUGUGGGCCUAUCAACAGAUGUUUCCAUAGAAACAUCUAGUUUUGGCCUGAAACAUCUGCCUGUCGAAAGAAAGCACACUUUUUUUUCUGAGAAUUUAUGCUUUUGUAUAAAUUUGAAGACUGAAGUUUGAGAUUUAUUUAGAAAAAAAAAAACUAAAGGAAACGUUUUUAGUGCUUAUUGAAGCACAUUGAGUAUCAAGAGUAUGUCACCUGGCCAAAGCAAUGUCAUUUCAUGCAGGUUUGUUAAUAUAAUAUACUUUAUCUCUCAAAGCAUACAGUAUGUAUAUGAAAAGAUGUGUACUCUUGGGUGAGUCAUUCCCAAAAACAUGAUGUUGCCAUAUGGGGAUAUUCAGAGCAAUGCACAUUUUGAUUUUAGGCCAAUAGUUGGUCACGGUUUUAGCAAAUAUGUACUAUGUUUGUAAAAAAAAAAAAAACGGUUUCAUUUGUUUCUUUCUUCAAGGCAUCAUUUUAGCAUCACUCCUUGUAAUCUGCUUAAUAUAAUACUGUAUAUUCACAGCA